UUCACUUUCUGCCAUCAGGGCUCCUGCUCCUACAGGCCUCCAAAUCUACCCUCCCCCUAAACCCCUGCACUAGAUUGUACUUCCUUGUUUUCAUAGCAAGACUGUGAGCUCAGAAGGGGCAGGAUCUGCAUGGGACUCUCCCGUCUUGGUGCCCUGCAUAGAGACUGGCACUGAACGGGUGGCUGCCCCACCUGAGCACAUUCACAGACAUCUCUGCUGCUCCCAACUGCCCUGGCCUUGGAGAGGCAGGUGACCCAAAGUUUAAACCAGAUGCUUCGGAGCCAUGUAGUCCGCUAAGCUCAGGAAUUGAAUCCAGCCACCUCUUCCUGGAACUGGGACCUGGGCCGUUCCCAUCCUUCUCAACCCCCUCCCCUCCCUGGGCUCAGCUGGAAGCAGCUGGAACCGCUGCAGAGGGGUGAGGUGGGGAGGAAGAUUACAAAACGGAAGAAGUAUGCUGAGAGAGUAGGAAGAGCCCGGUCCCAUGCUCUGCUCAGACUGUCUGUGUGGCCUGGGCUGAGCCUGUCCCAGUCCCGGCCUCGGUACCCCCAUCUGUGCACAGAGCAGAUUGGUCUGGUGGUCCCUCCUGAUGGGAUUGGCCAAGGGCAAGAGAUCCCCAGGUUCCGGAACCCUCUAGCUCCAGACUUUUCCACCACACAGGGACCCCGCGUGGAACCUGGAGCAGGGGCCGGAGGGGCCAGAAACGCCCAUCCAGGUGGUGCUCAGGGUGCGUCCCAUGAGCGCUGCCGAGCUGCGUCGAGGGGAGCAGAGCGCGCUGCACUGCUCAGGGACCCGGACUCUGCAGGUGAGCCCCCCGGGCGGGGGCCCGGACGUGGCUUUCCGCUUCGGCGCGGUGCUGGACGGAGCUAGCACCCAAGAUGACGUGUUCCGCGCGUGCGGCGUGCGGCGCCUGGGCGAGCUGGCGCUGCGCGGCUUCUCCUGCACCGUCUUCACUUUCGGCCAGACCGGCUCCGGGAAGACCUACACCCUGACCGGACCUCCUCCCCAGGGAGAGGGGGUGCCUGUACCCCCCAGCCUGGCUGGCAUCAUGCAGAGGACCUUCGCCUGGCUGUUAGACCGCGUGCAGCAGCUGGAUGUUCCUGUCACUCUCCGUGCUUCUUACCUGGAGGUCUACAAUGAGCAGAUUCGGGACUUGCUGAGUCUGGGGGCUCCCCGGCCCCUCCCUGUUCGCUGGAACAAGACCCGGGGCUUCUAUGUGGAGCAGCUGCGGGUGGUGGAGUUUGGGAGCCUGGGGGCCCUCAUGGAACUUCUGCAAAUGGGUCUUAGCCGUCGAAGGAGCUCCGCUCAUACCCUGAACCAGGCCUCCAGCCGAAGCCAUGCCCUGCUCACACUCUACAUCAGCCACCAAACUCCCCUCCCAAGUCCCCAUGGAGCCCUGAUCCUCCAACCCCAGCAGAUGCCUCCUGUGGACCCCGGGGAACCCCCCGCUGGGGGGAAGCUGUGCUUUGUAGACCUGGCCGGCAGUGAGAAGGUGGCGGCUACAGGAUCCCGUGGGGAGCUGAUGCUUGAGGCCAACAGCAUCAACCGCAGCCUGCUGGCCCUGGGUCACUGCAUCUCGCUGCUGCUGGACCCUCAGCGGAAGCAGAGCCACAUCCCCUUCCGGGACAGCAAGCUCACCAAGCUGCUGGCAGAUUCGCUAGGGGGCCAUGGGGUCACCCUCAUGGUGGCCUGCGUGUCCCCCUCAGCCCAGUGCCUUCCCGAGACCCUCAGCACCCUGCGAUAUGCAAGCCGAGCUCAGAGGGUCACCACUCGGCCACAGGCCCCCAGGUCCCCCAAGGCAAAGCCGCCCCAGCACCUGGAGGCUGAGUCAUUGCAGCUGCAGGAGGAGAACCUUCACCUGCGGUCCCAGCUGGGCCAAAUGGACCCCAAGGCCUCUGGACUCAGUGGGGCCCGGGUGGCCUGGGCUCAGCGGAACCUCUACGGGAUGCUGCAGGAGUUCAUGCUGGAGAAUGAGAGGCUCAGGAAAGAGAAGAAGCAUCUGCAGAGCAGCCGGGACCUGGCCUACAGCGAGCAGCGCAUCCUGGCCCGGCAGGUCCGCGAGCUGGAGCGGCGUCUCCUCUCUGCCUGCUGCUUUCAGCAGCCAGGCCCUGGCCCAGCCCCACCGUGUCCCUGUGUGAUGGUGCCACCUCUCCUGUGCCAUGCCCCGCCACCCCUCUGCCCCCGCUGCCAACUCUGUCCCCUGUGCCAUGCGCCGCUGGCCCACUGGGCCUGCCCACGGAGGGAACUCCACCUGCCCCAGGUGUUUGGCUCUAAGGCCCCAGGUAAUGGGCCCCUGUCCGCCCGGCCCCCGCCCUGGGCACCCCCAUGCUGCCCUAGCUCUGCCAAGUGCUCAAGAGAGAGGAGUCACAGUGAGUGGACUCAGACCCAGGUUCUGGCAGAGAUGCUGACUGAGGAGAAAGUGAUGCCCUCUGCACCUCCUCUGCCCACGGGGCCCCUGAACGCAUCGCCAGUGCUGAGAGGGGGUGCUGCAGUUCCAAACCUGGCCCGGAGACUGGAGGCCCUCAGAGACCAAAUCGGCACCUCCCUGCGACGUGGCCGGAGCCAGCCACCCCCUCGCUGAGGGCACACGGAGCCCUAGCCAGGCCCUCCCUGCCUGCUGCGGGCAGCGUGGGAACCCCGAAGACCUUCAUGUGGCAUUGGGCUGGGCUCUGCACUCUGGGUUUCAGUCUCUCCAUCUGUUCCAUGGCGUAGCAGCCGCUGCUCUAGUCUACAGCUGGCCUGGGCAGAGGCCAGGCCUGGGCAUGCGGGCUGAUGGGGCAAACUGGGGACGUAAAGGGUGGGUGCCACCCCAGACUCGGAGAAAUGAGACUGGAUUCAGGAGAAACCAGGCCACGGGCGAUGAAGUAUAUGAAUAAAGAGAGACAUCAGCUCCAA